GCCAGUACGAGUCUUGGACCGCCUCCAAGCAGAAGACCACCAACCUUCGCAAGGCCUUGGUCAAGAAGAACUCCCGUGGCACUGUCAGAGGUCCUGGUUCGGCUGCUCCUGUCCCGUCUUACAACGAAAGCGGCAAACCUUGUAGCAAUGGCUGCCAACCCUCCACCACCGGGAGUCUGUCAGAAUGGUUUAUGUGGCAUGGACGGCAACUCUACCUGGCAUUGGACUUUCGCUCAUGGCUUCUAUCUGUGCGAUGCAUGCUAGGUGCAUGCAAGGGAGAACAACGAUGAGCUUCGCACCCCAAGACGCCACAAACGUGCCUCACGCAAAGAGAAUCUGCCUUGCGCCAACAAUCUCUGUGGAGUUACAGCAGCCCAACGAUGGGCGUGGUCGCCAGUCAAGAACAGCCAUGUCUGCAACCCCUGUUCGAAGUGGUUCAAGAGAAAAGGGGUUUGGCCAGACAGAGCGUCCGGCAAGGAUGUGAGCAAGAAGGGAAAAGGAAAGAAGUCUUGAUUUGGAGGAAAGAGUUCUUGAUUUGGGAGGAAUCGGAGGGAA